AUGGCGGUACUGAGCGAAGAUGUCCUCUUAUACCUCAAGGAGAAAAACAUCCCCAUGCUUUUUGAGCAAAUCGUUCAGAAUAUCAUUUCCGAUGCCCCGGAAAGGCCAAUGAGUUACAUCGGAGAUCUGAUGCGCCGCGGCAUCCCUUUGCAAAUAUUCAUUGCUGGUCCCGCCGGCAGCGGCAAGCGCACACAAUGCAAAAACAUCGCGGACCGGCUCGGUGUGGUGUUAAUCUCUUCCGGCCAGGUUCUUACUCGCGGCGUGGAAAGUGGCAGCGAGACAAGCCAACUGGCACAUUCCUAUGUUUCACGUGGUGAGCGGGUGCCGGACACGCUGGUGUCAAUGAUAAUGAAAGACCGAUUGUCGCAAAGCGACGCGCGUGAGAAAGGUUGGUUGGUCGAGGGCUACCCACGCAACGCACAACAGGCACAGGCCGUGGAGGAGUGUGGUGUGAUACCACAGGUCUUUAUACUGUUGGAUCUGCCUGAAGAUUUGUCCUUCAGGCGCCUUGAGCAUCGCCGCUACGACCCCGCCACCAAUAAAGAGUACCACAUGCUGGAUAAUCCACCACCGGCGGAGGAUGUCGCGUUAUGCGAGCGGCUCGUGCAGAGGGAUGCAGACUUUCAUGAGUCAAUCGCGAAGCGCCUGGCACAGUACUACGAAAGCAUUGAGGGCGUUAAGAAGCACCUCGGGGCCGUUAUUGAAGUAGUGGAUGCCAGAAAAUCUGUUGAGGAUGUUGAGCGGGACAUACUUGCCGCGGUGGAGAAGCACCGCUUUCGCUAA